AUGCUACAAAACAUUAAUGUUAAAGGUUCUAAAUUGACCAACAUGUUAUCUGCUACACAAGAGCCUAAAUCAAUAAAAGUUACUGAAAUUUCAGAUAAUGAGCAGAAUGAAUUAUCUUCACCACUGGUUAGACCACACACAAAAAAACAAAAAACUUUACCAUUCACUAUAUCUAAUGAUAACAAUAAAGAAGAAAUGCUAUAUGCUUUUCAAACAUCCCAAGAAUCUAAGAACAUACAUAAUUUUCUAUCUAUGAGCUUGGACGAACAAGAGUUUAAUGGCUAUUUUCCUGCAGAAAAAAAGAAUUUGACAAUUGAUGACUUUAAUUACACAAAUAAGCAAAAUAAAAUGUCAAAAAAUAUAAAAAAACUAAUUGUAUUUGAUAAACUUUCUGAUAGUUUCUGGAGAAUAGAGUACAAAGAAGUAGUGAAAGAACUAAUUCCAGCAACUCUAUACCCUUUUCCAAAGGAAUAA